CUUCAAGUCGGGGCUCGAGUACUUGUUCAUGGCGAGAAUCUCGGCACCGUUCGUUAUGCUGGCCCGACGAGUUUCCAGACAGGCAAAUGGGUCGGUGUUGAACUUGAUGAGCCUUUGGGAAAAAACAACGGUGUCGUUCAGGGGAAACGGUACUUUGAAUGCCGCUCAAACCAUGGCGUAUUCGUUCGUCCUGCGCAUGCUAAAGUG